AAUAAAAUUAAUCAGCGCUGUUAAGAACGGGAAGAUUGAGGAAUACUGCCGCCGUCUCUCGCCAUUGUGUUGUCCGUCGCAGGCUUUCGAUCGAUUGAGCAAGUCACUGGCCACCCGAGAAGCCCUUGCCUCGAGAUGGACGGCGGAGUCUCCGGCGGAGGCGGCGGGCCGGCUCCUUUUCUGCUGAAGACGUAUGAAAUGGUCGACGAUGCCUCCACAAACGACAUCGUGUCCUGGAGUGCUACCAAUGCGAGCUUCGUGGUCUGGAAUCAUACGGAAUUCGCCGCUCGCCUCCUCCCAACCUACUUCAAGCACAACAAUUUCUCUAGCUUCAUCCGACAGCUCAAUACCUAUGGAUUCAGGAAGAUUGACCCGGAGCGGUGGGAGUUCUCAAAUGACGACUUCGUCAAAGGGAAAAAGCACCUGCUGAAGAGCAUCCAUCGUCGCAAGCCCAUCCACAGCCAUAGCCAUCCUCCGGGCGGUGCCUUUUCUGACGCAGAGAGGACGGCGCUGGAAGAGGAGAUUGAGCGGCUUAACAGGGAAAAGGCGAGCCUCGAGGCUAGUCUAUUCAAAUUCCAGCUGCAGCAAUCUGGGACCCUAAUUCAGUUGGAGGAUCUUGAACGCAGGGUGGUGGACAUGGAGCAGCGGCAGCGGAAAAUGGUUGCUUUCCUGCAACGUGCCAUGAAAAACCCUCAACUCAUGGAGAGUCUGGUGAAGAUGGCCUCAACUGCAGCGAUAGAUGUCUCAGUCAUUAAUAAGAAACGGAGAUUGCCAUUAGAUAGGGAUUAUUGCCAAGAUUGUUCGGAGAACAGCUUUUGUGAUGAUCAUAGCAGCAUUACCAAGUCUGACACUGGGUUCAUACUCGAUCAAGAUUUCUGUGAUAAGCUAAAGAUAGGAUUGUGCUCAGCUAUUCAGGCAGGUGACAAUGUGGUAGUCGUCAGUAAUCAGCACUUUGAUGUUGCUCCUGGCAACCCUCAGGUAAUGCAAAUUGACUGUGACCAGGAGAUGCUGGACUACCCCCCGCAGGUAUCUGAGACACUACAGCUUUGUGACACUGAGGCACAUGUUUGUGCAUCAAAGAAGGAUUUGUUUGCUAGGUCAUUUGAUGAAGAUGGUCUCCUUCCAUGCCGUUUGAGUCUAACACUUUCAUCAACUGCAUUGGAAAUUGAUGGUGGUAAGUGUUCAACAACACCUCAGCUGGUUGAUCAAGGGUCAGACAGUAAUGAUACAAGGAUUCCUGAUGCUGAUGGUCUCACAUCUUCUACCCAAAGAGAUAAUGAUCUUACAGUUGCCAGCAUUCAGAGUAUGGCUGAUGAUUCUGCUGAUGCUGAAGUUGUGUCUUUCAAAGAGGCUGGACCUACUACUAAUGAUGCAUCCUCGGCCACUUCAGGUGGAGCGAAUGAUAUAUUUUGGCAACAAUUCUUAACUGAAAGGCCAGGUUCAGUGGACGCAGAUUCCUUAGGUUCAGACUCCAUUAAUUUCCAAAAUAAUGAACAGAUGCCAGGAAAUGAUGAUGUAGGUGCUGGCAAAAAUGAAAUGGAGCAACUAAAACUUUAACUUGCAUCUGCCUUUCUGGUACCAUGCCUUCUGUGUAAGAUCUUUCAAUCUACUUCUGAGUCAUAUGCUUUAUCUGCUUAAAUUUUAAGCAUGAUUGAGUGGUAUUUUCCUUGUAAAUUAACUAGCAUUUAACAGAUGCUUUAGAAACUAUUUACAGAAGUUGUGGUUAUUGGUUUAUGAACAUCUUUUAUACCAUGUAUACAAUUUAGGAAUGCAUUUUAAAAGUGCUUUAAUAUUCUUGAUUCAAUCAUGUAUGAGGAUUUCCAUGGUAGCAAGUCGGUUAACUUUGCUUGUGA